UGCCCAAUGUGGUGCCAAUUUCACGGUAGUACACGUAUAGUCGAUCCAAUACGAAAGCGGAAAUGGCAACAGUUACGUCAAGAGCUCACACAAGAGUAUGAACAAGUUAAUGAUAGGAAUAAGACAUUGAACAACUUUAAGAAAGAUCCCAUUCCAACACAGUACGGAGGAGUUAGUGCAAAUGAAGCUCCGACCAGAGACCCAGAGGUUUGGCCUCCACCAACUCCUGUUGAACGGGAGAAAAAAUACGAAAGAAAUGCUCGACCUGCAUCCAGGCCAGUUAGACGUGAAGAACAAAAUGCAAAACCUGUUUCAAAAAAAGUGUCAAACCCACGUAGGUCUGAGGUAAAGCCAUCUGAACGUGGCCGUAGUGCACCGUCCAAGAAUCCUAAGAGUGACAGAGACAAUCAUCGUGCUGGUCGUGCUAAAAAAGAUGAUGAAAAGCCAGAAUCAAAAGACUCUGAAAAUGAAAAGAAGUUUGAUUCGUCAGGUAAUGACAAAGAUCUUGUUGAAGGACUUGAAAGAGAUAUAUUGCAAAGAAAUCCUAAUGUUCGAUGGUCGGAUAUAGCUGAAUUAGAUGAAGUUAAAAAGCUGCUUGAAGAAGUUGUAGUCUUGCCAAUGCUUAUGCCAGAGUAUUUUACUGGACUACGAAGACCUUGGAAGGGUGUGUGUAUGGUUGGACCUCCUGGCACAGGAAGAACAAUGUUAGCCAAGGCAGUUGCUACCGAAUGUGGUACAACAUUCUUCAAUGUAUCUUCGUCAACGCUUACGUCCAAGUAUCGAGGAGAGUCUGAAAAACUCGUGCGAUUACUCUUUGAAAUGAUCGAUUCAAUCUGCAGUAGACGCCGCACGGAGAAUGAACACGAGGCCAGUCGUAGAGUGAAGUCAGAACUUCUUGUUCAAAUGGACGGUAUUACUCAGAAUCAGUCGCUUUCACUGUUUAAAUUGUCUAUAGAGACAAAGUCUACAUCAUAGAGAUUUAUUAUACAGUAUUACGUAUUUAUAAUCUUGGUGGGCUUUAUUACGUUUUACGUGUU